AUGGCCGUCUCGGCUGUGCGGAUGGGCUCAGCAGAAGCUUUAGCUGCAGCAUCAGCGGCCUCGAUGGCGACCUCGGGUUCCGCGGCUGCCUGUGGGGCAGGCUCUGCCGAUAUCUCAGGCUCCCGAGGUGGUAGGAUCUCCUCCAAGUCGAUGAUUGGAGUUAAGGUGAGAGAGCUUUUCUUGAAGAAGAAGGCUUGGGAGCUUGACAGAGAGGUUGAUAGGAUGAUCAGACAGAAUGAAGCUGGCCGCCAUGUCCGAAUGCUGACGCAAGAGAUUCGGAAGUCAUUGGAUAGGCAUACCAUCUUGUAUGCCACUCUGGUUGAGCUAUCUAAUACUUUGGGACUGCAGAACUGUGCGAUUUGGAUGCCCAACGAGAUCAGAACAGAGAUGAACUUGACCCACGAGUUGAUAGGGAGGAGUUCUCGUCCUACCGUCCCCAUAAAUGAUCCAGAUAUAAGGGAGAUUAAAGAUUACAAGGAAGUGAAGAUCUUGAUGCCGGGCUCAUCUCUCGGUCUUGCAAGGAGCGGUGGUUCUGGUGAGCCGGGUGCGGUGGCUGCAAUACGGAUGCUCAUGUUGCGGGUGUCAAACUUCAAAGAGGAACACCUGAGUUAA